AUGCCGGCUAACAAUACUGGAUUCGUUUUUUUGAACUUGACUAGCGAAGAAGAAGAACACUAUUAUGACCAGGAUAUAUUUCCUUCAACUCAUGAUUCUGCAGAAAUGAUGCUGUAUGCAUUUGUUGAUAGUGCACCCUCGGUUGCUGAUUUAUUGUGGUCAAAACAACAACUUGGACAGUCUGAAUUUUUAACUCUUACUGAUGGACAAGAAUGGCCGGAAUUGCCAGCUGUUGAUUUUUCCACCCAUGAACCUCACAUUUAG